AUGUCGCGCUUCGAAAUCAACGAUAAAGACCUCGUCGGUCUCAAAGACAAGGUUGUCUUAGUGACAGGAGUUGGAGCCCGGACCCGGUUCAUCGACGAUGAGAUUGAUUCUGUUGAUGGAGAGUUGAAGGCACCGGACCUGAGUUGCGUUGAGACGAAUCUUCUCAGCGUAAUUUCAACAGUCAAGCUCGCUGUUCACCACAUGCGCAAGCAGCAAACCGGAGGCAGCAUUGUCCUUACUGCAUCUGUUAGCUCUUGGACAAGAUUCAAAGCUGUUGAUUAUACCACGUCUAAGCAUGCUGUGCUUGGUCUUAUGCGCAGUCUCAUUCCGCAUUUGGAAGAGCUUCCUGUUCCUAUCAGGCUCAACUGCCUCGCUCCGAACUGGACCAAGUCCGGUAUUGUGAACGAGGAGAUGGUGUCCCUCACGGGACUCGCUCUGAAUACACCGGAACAUGUGGCUCAAUCGGCUGUCUUACUCAUGGUCGACAAUAACAGAAACGGAGAGGUGAUUUUCAUCGAUGGUGGAAAGUACUGGGAGAUUGAAGAAUCCUUGGGCGGAGCUGGCGUCGGGAGCUUCGUCGGCCCUUCGCUGCCGGCCGGCAGUGACGAAGGAACGGAUUGGGACCGCUACUUGGAGUUUUCCAGAAGGAUGAAUUUAGCUCUGAAAGGUCCUCAGUAA